UCCGGUAUACGUACGUCUUAUGGACGGAACUACUCCCAAUAAAGGCCGAGUAGAAGUGUACCGAAAUGGAUUUUGGGGCACCAUCUGUAGAGACGGUUGGGAUAUCCUGGAUGCCUCAGUUGUUUGUCGGAUGUUGGGUUAUGCGGGAGCCUGGAAAGCUGGCUGUUGUGAGGAUUAUCGGGGAGGGACUGGUCCAGUGUGGCUAAGUGAAAUUUCAUGUACAGGAAGAGAGAAGUCUCUAUUAGAAUGUGAUCACAGUGGUUGGGGUGUCAAUAACUGUGAUCAUAGAAAAGAUGCUGAGAUCGUAUGUUACAGUCCACCGACAGAAAAACCGUCGCACUAUGUCAGUUUAAAAAUCGUGUCAACAAGAACACAGAAAUCUCUUUUCUCUAGUACAAAAGCAGUUACAUCCACAACGGCUCAGUCCAUUUUGACACAGGUGUCCCCACCAACACCCUUCAGCCCAACAUCAAUAGAAUUCCAGAAAUCGUCAACCCACACUGUUCGUGUAACAGAAGCUAUAGUAGUAUCUCCAAGUUCAUCGUCAUUGGCCGUCAUGUCCAGCUCUGUUAUUGCCCCCUUAAAUCCCAUUUUAUAUAUUGAGCUGUUGAAUGGUGGUGGUCACCCAAAUCAAGGUCGUGUUUCACUUUACUACAAUGGCCAGUGGGGAACAAUAUGCCAAGAUCAUUGGGACAUGAAUGAUGCGAACGUAGUGUGUCGAAUGCUGGGAUACCCAGGAGCUUUUGACUUUACUAACAGGACAGUUUUUGGCAGUGCUAGCGAUGGGCCAAUAUGGCUUGAUGACGUCAACUGCACGGGAAUUGAGAGCACGCUUGCAGCUUGUCCACAUGCUGGCUGGGGAAAAAGUAACUGUGAUCACACGAAAGAUGUGGGGGUGAAAUGUGACUUUAAUUACACUGUAAAGGCAAAAGAUGCAAGCUGCUCAUUUGACACUUGGUAUUGCGGCUGGGAGAAUGGACCAGGCAGCAAGGGGUUAACGUGGACUAGGAAGUUUGGCCCAACGAUAUCACAUGAAACCGGACCAUCCCAAGAUCACACCUCUGGUAGUGGUUUUUACUUUUACAUUGAGGCAUCUGGACGAAGCAGGGGUGAAGUUGCUUCACUCGUGUCUCCACACAUACGAAGUGAUGAAAACACCACGUGUAUGGUAUUCUUCUAUCAUAUGUAUGGACAGUCCAUUGCUACACUCACAGUGAAGGUUGAAGAUCAAGUUUUGUGGCAGUUGUCAGGCAACCAGGGAAAUGCUUGGUACAGAGCAACUGUGCCCCUUAAUUUCAAUGCAACUUACAGGGUGAUGUUUGAGGGUGUUGUUGGUAGCACUGCACGUAGUGAUAUUGCUAUCGACGAUGUCGAGUUCCAGGAAAAUACAGAAUGCGAAAAGACAGCUGAAACGUUAGUUCCGCCAAAAAUCAUUUGGAUUUCCCCAAAUCGAACAGCUGAACUUGGUAGUGAGGUUACAUUAGUGUGUACCGUAACUGGUCUCCCCACACCACUUGUAGUAUGGAAAAAAAAUGGAAAACUUGUUUCGGAGAGUCAGGUGACUGGUAACGUCACUCUAUUGAACAUCACUCAGUCAGAUAUUGGCAGUUAUGAGUGCUGGGCAAUUAAUGAUGGAUCUCCGAGGAAAAUAGUAAUCACCACGAACGUGUCUUGUAACGCGGCCAUCCUGGGUGACUCUGUUGCCAUACGGUGCUGGUCUCGUGGCUACCCUGCUCCACUCUGUGGCAUAUAUCGCGAUGGUAACUUACUAAGCGCCAAUGGAGGUGUUUAUGUAAUUGAAAACUUCACUUCUUUGGACCAAGGAGUCUACAUUUGCAACUGCUCAAAUGUUGCUGGUGCAGCGCAGGCAAACUUUUCCCUCACACUCUAUGAGUCCCCAGCUAUCCACACCAUUCAUCCAGCCUAUCAACUUGUGAACGAAACAGAUACAUUUGAGUUUUUUUGUAAUGCGACGGGAAAUCCACCCCCGGCAAUAACAUGGCGGAAAGUUGGCGACACUAGAAAAGUGCAUUCCAUAGGACAAACACUGAUAAUACACAAUGCUUACAAAUCAGACUUUGGCAGCUACCGAUGUACCGCAAUGAGUGUUCGCGGUGAGAAUGUGUCAGCUGUUGCUCGAGUGGAGAUGGAUAACUUUUCGCCGACGAUCGAGUACAUUUGCUGCAACGUUACCGUUUUGGAAAAAGAAAGAAGAAAUGUUACAAUGUCCUGUAAUGCAACAGGAAGACCAGCGGCACAGCUGUCCUGGAUAAGAGCUGCAGAUGGUAAAACUUUGGUCGCUGGGAACACUCUAGUAAUCUCAGCUGCUGGUCGGUCGCAUCGCGGUGAAUACAGAUGCGUCGGUGAUAAUGGAGUGCGAAGUCCUGUUUCUAAGUCGGCAUAUGUGAACGUGCUUUAUAAUCCAAUAACUACAAGAUUAACAACCGAUAAAUUAAAUGCAGUGGUACUAGGAAAUGGUCGCAUUGCAAUGACUUGCAUAACUGAUGCCAACCCACCGCCAAGUCAAUACCAGUUUUAUCGUAAUGGUGUCUACUUAAGAACUAGUUUUACAGGAGUGCAUGUUAUUCACAAGGCCAGAUAUUUUGACGCAGGAAUCUAUCUAUGCGUACCACUCAACAGGCUUGGCUCUGGUUCAAACGGCUCUGUCAAGGUUUCGGUAGUUGGUGCUUUUUCUAUCAUGUACUUUCCACAGAACAUGACCGUCAACGAAAGUGCAAGUGUUUUAUUCUUUUGUAAUGCUACUUCAUAUGCCCCAUAUGACAAAUUUGUUCCUCAAAUUUCUUGGAGUAAGCUUAGAGACAACAGUAAAGUGUUACCACCAGGUCAACAGCUUGUUAUAAGGAAUGUGAGUCGAUACGAUGGAGGUACAUACAUCUGCACAGCAAAGAACGGACUGGGGCUUCCUGAUACUAAAGCGGCGGUGCUAAAUGUUCUACAUAAACCAUACGACACCAAGCUUGGGGCAUCAGUUCCAGACAAUAUUGCAGUAUUAAACUCAUCUGUAAUAAUAACUUGUAGAGCAAAAGCCAACCCACCGGUCAUAACCUAUAAUAUUUACCACAAUGGCAUCCUAGUGUCCAAUGCAUCUAGUGGAAUUUACAACAUCACACACGCUCUGACUGAAGAUAAUGGAUCAUAUGUCUGUAUACCUUACAACGAGUUUGGUGAAGGCGAAAAGGCAGCUUUGAAGGUGUCUUUUGUGGGACCCUGUGGUGUUAAACGUGUGCAUCAUACCUGGUCGCCUCAGAUUGUGGGUGGAGCUUAUGCUAAACCAGGUGAAUGGCCAUGGCAGAUCCAGCUGGGAUACUUUGACAACACCGAAAGCAUCCCUCAUCUUUGUGGUGGCUCCAUCUUGGAUCACUAUUGGAUUGUUACGGCAGCACACUGUGUGAAAAGUGAAUUUGGUAAAAAAGUCCCCGCCAACUUUAAUGUCACUGCUGGUGAACUCCACAGAGGGGUCAGUGAAGGAAGAGAGCAAACUGUUCCGGUAAAGAAGAUAAUUUUACACCAAAACUUCGACCAGAAAACCUUACGAAAUGAUAUUGCUUUGAUGAAGCUCCAAAGACCAAUCUUCUUUGAUGUGCAUGUGUCACCAAUAUGCCUUCCGGACUUUGAUUUUGACGACGGUACUAAGUGUUACGUCACUGGCUGGGGUCGUUCUGGACCUCUUAGUUCGACGCCAGACAUUCUUCAGGAGACUUCAAUUCCUCUUGUAGCUCACAGAGUUUGUCAACUGUAUUACAAACAGAAAAGAGUUAACAAUGUGACGUCAGACAUGCGCUGUGCUGGGACCCUGGGUCAGAGUCGAGGCACAUGUAAAGGUGACAGUGGCGGACCGCUGGCCUGUGAGAGAGACGACCGCUGGUAUUUGAUGGGUGUUACCAGUUGGGCAAAUGAAGGCUGUAUGCAUAACGGUGAUCUAGGUGUAUUUUCAGAUGUUUUGUACUUUAGGAGCUGGAUUGAAGAAGUCAUGAAGAACAAUACAAAGACAGCAGAGUAGAGCGGGUUGCAUAAGAACGUUGGAUUUAAGUUACAGAAAUAACACUAGUGGAUGAGAGGACAGAUAAAAGUUUUGAAGGUUUUAGUCAUUUCAUAUUCAAAUGAAUGCUAUGUUUUCAGAAAAUUAUCACAGAAUUUCAAUUAUAUUUGGAACUCUCUUGAAUAUUUUUUAACAAAGCUGUGGUAGCAUUUCAUAUGAGAACCAGAAAACAGAUUCUUUGGUGGUAAAAACUCGAACAAUGAUUUGCUGUGAUUAUCCUCGGAACAUUUUAAUAUACAGGAGAACUUGAACUAAUUUUUAGCGCCAGCUUUUAUUUGGGAUGCAUGCCUUUUUUACAUAGAUAUAUUAAAGCAGCAUGUGUUUGUAAAUAUACUUUUAUAAAUUUUUCCAUGCAAUAGUCAGAGCGAAAUGAUCAAAA